AUGUCAAGCGCCAGCCAACUUUCGUGGUCGCCUGUGAAUCAAGCAUGUCGACAUGCGAGACGAGGGCUUCAUGGCUCUAAAGCGGGACUCGAAGCCGGUCUCAUGCUUGGGCCUUUCUGUCUGAUGGCGCGUCUGGAGGUGUCAACGUCAAAGUGGGGCCGGGACUGGACUCGAACCAAGGGCCGGCAAGUGCAGAAGAAGAAGGACUCGAGCUGGUGUCGGGCUCGGCGUUGUCCGUUUUUCAACUCGGACUGGUGA